CUGAUUUUUAAUUUUGUAAAUAACCUGAAAUAAUUUAAUAAUUUCUCUUAUUUAUCAGCUGUAGUAGGAGGACUGGUGACCGUCGAUAGGGCAAUGAAUCCCAAAAGCCCACAGGCAAGAAACCGUGAUGAUAAACCUUUUAAUGGUUUAAAAAUUUCCAAAUCAGAUAUUCUUAAAGAUCUAACUAAUCGUAGCCCUUGUCCCCGAUGUGGCAAGUCUCGCAAGUAUUUUUGUUACACCUGUUACGUGCCUGUUGCUCAAUUGGAAGGACGAAUCCCCCGAUGUACAUUGCCGAUCAAAGUUGAUAUAAUUAAACAUAAGCAUGAAAUUGACGGAAAAAGCACAGCAGCUCACGCAGCAGUGUUGGCUCCUGGCGAUGUUAAUGUUUAUACAUAUCCUGAUGUGCCUGAAUAUGUAAAUGAUGGAAGGACAGUGCUGUUGUACCCAGGAACUCAAGCAUGCACUGUGCGAGAACUAUUCACUGGCAGACAUGAUCAUAAUUAUAUAGAAAAUCGCUUAGCUGAACUUCCACCAGGAUAUAACGUUGGUACUUUAAUGACUAAAGUAUAUCACAGUGGUAAUGACACCAAUGAGGAUAUUUAUCAUGUGGACAAACUACCAAUUGAUAGACUACUUCUUAUUGAUAGUACUUGGAAUCAGAGCAAAGGAAUAUUUUGUGAUGAAAGAUUGCAGAAAAUACCAAAAAUUGUGUUACAAAAAAGGAUAUCACAAUUUUGGAGACACCAAAAGGGAAGUCCAAGAUGGUAUCUUUCAACUAUCGAAGCAUUGCACCAGGUAUUGUUAGAGUUGCAUAUAUGUGCAUGGGGAAGAAGUGCAGAAUAUAAUUCAGAAUUUACCAUUGAUUUUCCAAUCCACAGUCAAGAGAUCCACACUUUCUGUCAACCAUACCAUGGACAAUAUGAUGAUCUUUUAUAUUUCUUUAAAUACAUGUAUGAAAAACUCCACACACUUUAUAAACAUGAAGAUAUGUUAGCAUACAAAAGACCUAUAGAAAUAUAAUGCACAAUUAUACA